AUGUCAAUUGGGAUUAUCAUUCUUGUAACUCUUACCAUUAAUCAGGGGAUAAAGCGUCUACCAACUAGAGGGAAGAGCCGUCUUGAAUUAUUUCUGUACUCGUCCAUGAUUGGUGUGGGAAGUCACUUUCUUCACUUACGCGGUUUAGUUCAACAUCUGCUAAUACAGAUAGGAAUCAGUGAAGAUUUGAACAUCCCUGCAUCAUGGUCAGGUGUUUGGACUGUCAAGAAAUUUCUUGUGACAAAAGAUGGUUCUAUUGACAUUACCGCGACAAUCUUUGUCUCUUGGUCCAUCCGAGUUUUUCCUGUGGUUCUAAUCCUUCAGAGCUCUGUUGAUCCCUUGCUUGCUGGAGGAGCGUUGAUAACUGGAAUUCUAAUCUCAUCAAUUCUAAAGAUUAUCCGGAGAAAGCUGUUACUGCAAAGAAACUAUGUGCAAGAUGAUGAAACCAAAAAUUGUAGCCGCGGCUUAAUCCAUGCUACUACAUUUGCUUCUCCUCUUCCUAGAGGUUUUAUACCUUUCCCUCGUCAUUCCACAAAACACACCAGAAGGGAGAAGAAAGUUAACAAAGGGGAGUUGGAAAAGUUCACUAGAGAGAGCACGGAAAAGGCGAUGAAAGAACUGGUUUCUUCACCCAGUUUUGGCGAAUGGGCAGUGAAAAACGCUGCAAGAAUCAGCGUAAAUCCGAUAAAGGAAUCGUCUAGUAAAUCCAAUGAUACGGAUAAGCGUCGGAGAUGGUUCCAUUGGUACUGA